AUGACAUCCGCGCCUCAGAAUCUAACCAUCUACCCCGAUUACUGCCACGCCCUCUCGCCCACGAUCGGAAAAUGGGUCCCGCUGCGCGCGACGGAUAUCCAUGGGUUGCAGAAGGUGGGGAUGUUUUGUGAUCAAAAACCAUUAUUCCACUACAAAAACCAUCCGAUAAAAUGGGUGCGCGUUACAGGCGUCAUUGUCGCCGUAGACGAGUAUCCGGGCAGGAACGUGUAUACGGUCGAUGAUAGCAGUGGGAUGUGCGUUGAGUGUGUUUGUGUUUGUGUUGCUCCUGUGCCUGCGCCGAAGAUGGAGACGAUUGGGGUGCCCACGCAUUUGGAUCAGAUUGCAUCUAUCAACCAAAUUGCAACCUCAAUUUCGGAGUCAAAGAAGCAGAAAGGGAAGGCAGAGGGAGAGAGAAAGGGGAAUGGAGGAGAUAAGACAGCGCCAUCGGUCCAGGAACCCAUUGUCCCCUGGGACAUAAUGGAUGUCGGUACGGUUAUCAAGGUUAAAGGCAGAAUUGGCGAUUUCUGGAAGCAGAGACAGGUGGAGGUUGUUAAGGUCGAGGUGUUGAGGAGUAUGGAUCAAGAGGUGAAGUGUUGGAAUGAGGUUAUGGAUUUUAGGAAGGAUGUGCUGGGGAAGCACUGGGUGGUUAGUAGGGGGGAGGAGGAGAAGUGUAGGAGGGAGAGGGAGAGGGAGCUGAAAGGGAAGGGGAAGAGGGCUAGGGAUAAAGGGAAGGAUAGAGAGGAGAAGAGGGAUGAGGAGAGGGAUGAGGUUAGGAGGAAGAGGAAGGAGAUUGAGAGGAGGGAGGAGGAGGGUAAGAGGAGGAAGGAGAGGAAUGAGGCGAUGAAUGCGCAGAAUAAAGUUAAUUAUCCUUCGUUGGCUGCGAGGAGGGCGGCGGCUGGGAAGUACGAUGCGUUGGGGAUCUGA